GUAAAUGUGCAUUCCAUCUUGUUACCAUUGCCCCGAGGCUUCCAGAGAAGAGCAUAGAAUAAGAAAAAAGCCACGGGACAUUCUUAAAAAGGAAGUCUUGUGGCGGAGAGAACAACAUAGUCUUUCAUUUUCCCCUUUUUGUUUCGCUUCAUUGUAAACUGAGCUGGAGCCUUUUAUUUAAUUAUUGAGCAUAAUCAAAUGCAUUGUAUUAGUCUUUUCCCUAAUCGAGGGCUAAUCAAAUCAAACUUUUACUUUGGGAAGGAUAUUUGAAAAUUAUUUAAAUACCAAAUUACCUCAAUUCCAUUUAUUGAAUACCUCGGUUUUUGCCGCUCCCCGUCCACAAAAGGUUCAUCGAGGCGAAGAGAUUUCUGAAAGUUCCCCAGACUAGGGGCAAUGCAGUUGACAGACGAUUUUAAGAGGAUUAGUUGUACCUUUUACCAAUAAAAGGGAAGGCGUAGCCUGUUUUCUGAUUUUGACUACCUCAAGGAAGCCUGACAAGGUCAAGUGUGGAACCAUAUUGGAGCCCUUUGAGCCACUUUUGGAUUUUGUGUUUGACACUGCUUCUUAACUAUGACCGAAGCUGCUAUUAAGCCGAAACGGGUCGCUGAAGGUGACAAUGAAAGUGGAAAAGUGAAACUGGAGCGAACAGUGGGCUUAGUGAGCGGGAUUGGCCUGACGAUGGGAACCAUGAUUGGAUCUGGAAUCUUCGCAACGGCUCCUGGUGUUGUAAAAGACAGCGGAAGUAUCGGGCUCAGUUUGCUCAUUUGGCUGCUAUGUGGUGUGAUUGCUCUUUUUGGCGCAAUAAGCUACUGUGAAUUGUGUACUAUGAUAACAAAAUCAGGAGGCGAGUAUCAGUAUCUCUAUGAGGCUUUCGGACCCAUUCCGGCCUUCUUGUUUUGUUGGACUGCAGUCGUGGUUUUGCGACCAGCUACUGUUGCCGCAAUUGCGUUGACGUUCUCUACAUACUUGGUCAAAGCUCUUCCCCUGGAUGACUGUAACUUGGGAGAGUGGCCUUUGAAGCUGUUCGCAAUAGCAGUCAUCCUCACCAUCGCAUUCGUCAAUGUCAUGAGUUCCUCAUGGGCCGCCAAGGUGCAGAACUUCUUCACUGGUGCCAAACUGCUAGCUAUUGUGUUCAUUGUCAUCAUUGGCUUCAUCGAAAUAUUCUCCGGACAUACUGACAUUCUGGCUACUGGAUUCGAAGGCAGCGAGUACAACCCAUUCAAGCUUGGAAUUGCUUUCUACAGCGGCCUGUGGGCAUACGACAGCUGGAACACCGCUACCUACAUCACCGAAGAAAUCAAGAACCCACAGAAAAACCUCCCGAGAGCUUUGUUGAUUGGAAUCCCUCUAGUCACCAUUUGCUACCUUUUAACCAACAUUGCAUAUUUCUCAGUGAUCAGCAAAAGUGAGAUCGUACACACCCAAGCAGUGGCUAUUCUGCUAGGCGAAAAGACUAUCCCGGAGUAUUUCAUUUGGGUGAUCCCAUUGGCUGUGUGCUUCUCGACCUUCGGCGCAACGAACGGAUGCUUGUUUGCAGCUUCUCGACUCACCUUCGCAGCCGCGCGUGAAGGUCAUCUGAUGACUAUUCUAUCGUACUGCAACGUCACACGAAAAACACCCUCGGUCGCGAUCUUUUUUCUAACCGGUCUUUCGUGUAUCUACGUUCUACCCAGUGAUUUCACAACUUUGGUCAACUAUUUCAGUUUCUCUGCUUGGAUCUUCUACGGUCUGACAGUCUUCAGUGUGCUCUUCAUGCGGUUCACUCAGCCUGAUAGACUUAGACCAAUCAAGGUCCCGUUGAUCAUUCCGAUAAUCUUCGUUAUCAUUGCAGCGUAUCUAGUCGUCGCGCCGAUCAUAAACAAACCAGAAUGGCCCUACCUGUACGCAGCUAUCUUCAUCUUUUCGGGACUUCCAGUGUACUAUCUGCCAUUUGUUUAUUUCAAGUUGCGUCAGCCGAAAUUCUUGGAAAAGGUCAUCACAUUUCUGCAAUAUGUGCUCAAUGUUUCUCCACCGGCAGACGCGACCGAUGAGAAUGAAAUUGAUGGAAAUGCAGUGGAGAUGGAUGAGAAACCGAAUGAGCAGGAAGCAUAAAAAUGCACUGCAAUAUAUUUAAAAGAAUUCUCCUCAUUUUUAUUUUUAUCUACAAUCUUCGUCUACUUUGCUUUGCUUAUGAUGGCUUUGAAAGAUGAUUGAAUGUUUAGCAAUGUUUUUGAUAUCGCGUUGUCGACCUCUUCUUUUGUAUUAUCCACAAUGCUGAGCGCAUUUUUGUAGUUUUGGUGUUAUUGGUGGUUUAUGAGUUUCUGUUAUUCAGAUAUAAGAUUUGUUUGAACCAGGACUAUCUAAAUUUUUAACGCAUCUCUACAAGAAGUGCUUAGUGGUUUUCUUGCCACCUUUUCUAAAACUAAUGUUUCUGUUA